GUAAUAGGACCGCCAAGACAAGUCCUGUGUUGCUAGUGAAUGGCUCAGGCCUUUGGGAGCAGCAGAGACAGCACAAGGAGGGCAGACGCUCCUUUCUUGAGCAGCUUCCAGGGACAUAAUGCACGUAGCAGAAUCUCUCUGAGAAAGGGGCUCUGAUACUGCACUUCUUACUUUCUGUUGGGUCCUUUCAUCAGUAUAUAACCCCAAAUAAUCCUCAUCCAUUUAGCUGGUAGUUAAAACAUUAAGUGAUAAAGAGUAAGAAAGCUUGUAAUUGUGCACUUAAUGGGGAACCUACAGGCCUCCCAGCUGAGGCAUAGAUGAAUUACUAUAAUGACAGCCCAAUCAAAGCCAGGUGUAGGGAACUGGCACUUCUGCUUGAGCAGCAGGAGACGGGCAAUCUCACAUUUGGCUCCAAGCACACGUUUUUAAUUCAGUACCACGAGACAAGUCAGUUAAUCUCCAGGGUAUUUUGAGCACUGUGUGGUUCCUAAGCAUCUGAGCAGCCUCAUGUGAAGGGGGCCCGCUUCCUCCUAAUAAAUUUGAGGCACAUGAGUCCCUUUGCUCUCAGACACAAACUGCGUGGCACAGCUACUAGGCACUACCACACCUUCGAGAAGCACCAGCCGCCAUUUUCUGACGACUGCGGGAGAGCCCGCCGCCGUGACGUCACUUCCGCCCCGGCUGGAGCGGGUCAGCACCCCGCCGUAGCGGGGCCGGGCCGGGGCGGGCUUCGUGUUCCCGCGAUAGCACUGCGGAAGCGCGAGUGAAAUUCGCCGCCGGGGUGGAGUUCCGCCGGUCUGUUCUGGAAGCCCGGGUCUGUCUUGGUGUCAGCUGCGCUGUAGGCCUCAGCCCUAUGGAUCCCUUUCUGGCUCUGCUGAAUUCUUUGUCCGCCUGUCUGUCUGCCAGCGAAGUGAGCGCACUGAAGUUUCUGUGCCAGGACAAAAUUGGGAAAAGGAAGCUGGAGUCUGUCCAGAGUGCCAGGGAGCUCUUCAUCUGCCUCAUGGAGCAGCAGCUGAUUUCAAGAUACAAUGUAGAUUUGCUUAAAACCAUGUUUAAGAGCAUUAAAAGAGAAGAUUUGAUCUUACAGCUGGAGCAGUUCAUAGAAGAUGGAGAAGCCAACGCUCCCGAUGAGCAGCCUGACUUGGAGGAAAGACGUUUGCAGAAGGUGGUUAUCGAAGUUAUAUGCGAAAACGUUGGGAGAGACUGGAAAAUGCUGAUGCGAAAACUUAACCUUUCUGAAGCGAGAUUGGAGGAAAUAGAAGAAGCCAAGCCCCAUAAUUUGCGGGAGCGGUUGUUUUGGUCACUUCGAACGUGGCAGAAAUUGAAGGGGAAAGAUGCAAAGGUGACUGACCUAAUAAAGGCUCUUCGAGGCUGUAAUAUGAAUUUAGUGGCAGACAUAGCUGAACAGAAGCUCUCGCGUCUGAACACAGAGAACAUGUGAAAUGAAGAGAAAAACACUUUCACAUCACAGAUGCAAAUGAAGAAAGAAGUAAAAGUGCCUUUUGAUCAUCUGGACCCAAAUCACUGUCAUUGGCUCUGUUAAUUCUGCCAUUAAUUUAUGUGCCUUGAAAUUAAUAGGUUAAUUUCAGAUCAGGUUAUAACUAAUGGAAAACAAAUCCUUCCUUUCAGGCAAUGCUUUGCAGUUGGUGCUUCCUUUAAGAGAUUUUAACUUUUAGAAUACAAAUAUGCCACUUUGCAAAAAUUCUGAGACUUUAGUAUUGCCUCCCACCUGAAAAUAAGAUGUACUUUAUUGCAGAUUCCUUACAAACGCCUUGUCUGUAAUUACAUCCAUGGGACACUUCUGAGGGAACUGAAAAUUUCAUCAGGAGGUUGGAAUAUUCAUAUAUAUAUGUAUAUAUAUACUUUUUAAAUGAUCUGUUUGUAACUAGUGUGAAAGGGGGAAGGAAGCUGAGCUCUUAGCUAUGUAGUGAGUCUUCUCUUUGCUUUGAGUAGCAUAAGGUAAUAUCUUCCAUAAUUUUUGAACACCUUUGCUAUCAGUAAAAGAACACAAAGAAGACUGUAACCUCAGUCUGUAAGACAUCAGUGCAAUAGGACUCAUAACUACUGUAGUGGGUUUUUUGGCAAAAAAUGUGCCUGAAUUGAAAAACAAUCCUGUUGAAAUUAAUUAUCAAGUGCCUUUACACACAGACUCACAGAAUGGUUUAGGUUGGAGGAUGCCCCUGGAGAUUAUAUGGUCCAACUGCCCUGCUGAAGCACAAGUACAUAGGGCAGGCUGCACAAUACCAUGCCCAGGCAACAUUCCAGAGGAAAGAUACCAUGACUUCUCUGGGCAUCCUGUGCCAAUGCUCUGUCACCUGCAUAGUACAGAAGUGAUUCCAGAUUCUUAGGUGGGAAACAUCAUCCUGAGAGUGAUGUUUUCCUGGAACUGUCAAAGAGAUUGUACCUUACGGAUGUUUACAGCAGACUGUUGUUUUUUUUUUUUUCAUUGCCUUGAAUGUUUUAAGAUUUUCUAAAGCUAGUCAUCUCAUAAUCCAUAUCAGGGAGUCUGGUUAUGUCUGCUGGAUGCUGCAGCUCACCUCAUCAGUCAGCUACAGUUAUCUGUGGUCUUGGUUGAAAAAAAUAAAAAAUAAACAUAUGCAGUAACAGAAUCUUAGAAAGCAAAAAUGACUUGCUUUUAGUCAAGGAGCAUGAAAGCUUGUGGGAAGAGUACUAACUUUCUCUCCAGUGAUAUUCUGUGAAGAUCAGAUAUCUUUUGUCAUUCUUGGUUUGAGUACUACCAGAACUGGUAGUACUUCCAAGUUCUCUGCAAUUCUUUACUUUGUUGCCAUUCCUUUACGCUUCUAGAAAUGGCUGUAAGCAACUCACAGUUGAAGGAUCAUUUGUAAAAUGAGACCAGACCUAAAAAAGUACAGAUUUCAUGCCUAAUGUAACACUGGAAAAAGCUGUAUGUGCUUCAAGACACGUAGGGCAAUGGAAGCCUAUUUGUUAUGCCAGAGGGGAAAGUUCUCUGAUAUUAUUAUUGUUCAGAUGAGUUGUAUUGUUACAGCGAACAUUUAUCUAACUACAUAGAUGAUUCCUAAAGAGGAAGGCUUCCUUUUUUUUUUUUUUUUUUUUUUGGCUACUGUACCCAUGUGACUUGGCUUUGUCCAAGUUCUUGUUGCAUGGUGCUACUACUGUGAAGACCAAGUAUCAGCAUGUAGUAUUACAUCACUACUCUGUAUAAAUGUUGUUACAGUCAUAAUUUUCAAGUUUUUGUUGAAGUUGGUGCUUCUAGUUCAGAAGAUUACCCUUGAAUACUUGAUUGUAGUUGAUGGAAACUGCUGUCAUAUGAACUACUUAUUUGGGCUUUCCCUUUAAAAAAUGCUUGCGAGGAUCAUUUAAAUCACAUUAGUUGACUAUAUGUGAGCAAAGAACAAUGGGUAAUAUGAAAGUUUCCUCUGGUUUUUGACAGGUGCAGUUCUUUAAGUGCUUGCUCCAAUACUUGGUCAGCAUCAAUUCUCAGUUCCAGAGUUCUGGUGGGAGAUGAAAUGCUGCACUUCCGCUCAGAAGUUUUAGAGAUGUUUUUAAUAGUGUUGGUCCCCAUUCUGCAGUAUUUGAAGAUUUUUAUUUUUUUUUACUUCAUGUAUUUUAAUGAUCUUUGUGAGCAGAGUGGAAGAGAAGUGAAGUUAGCAAAAUGAGUUAUGUUUGUGGUGAAGCAGUCUGCAGCAGUUCCAAGUUUAGUCUGUCCACUAACAUGUUUUACUUAUCUACUUGUCAUAAAUCUUCUGGUUUUUAUCAAAGAUACAUCUAUCUGGAAUAUUAAAAAGAAGUAUAUUGCCUACUGUAUAUAAUCAGGGUAUCUUUAGAAUCAUUAGGAAUAGCAGUUGUAGCCAAAUGUUCAUGUGCAAGGAAUCUCCUGCCUUAGAAAAUGUAAAACUUUAGGAUUUGUGUGUAGUUUUAUACCAUGUAAUCUUGUGCAUGUUUCAUUAAAUAUAUUUCUUUAAAA